CAAAUCGCCGCCAUUCCAUAACAUAAUCCCAUGAAAUUUGCAAGGUUGUUGAAGUUUGCUUGUUUUGUUUGCUGUUUACGUAUGUCGCUUGCAUUGCAUGUCGCUUGUGUAGCAGAAAAUUUUUGGAGGUUUAUCGCAUUAUCAAAAACUUGAGUUUCUGAAUCGAAUUCGUUAUUGUUAAAACAGCGAAAAAUGAAGAAACCAAGCUUCAAAGUAGGUGAUAAAGUUUUUGCUAAAGUAAAAGGAUACCCUCCAUGGCCAGCAAAAAUCAUUGCUGAAAACGGAAAGAAAUAUAACGUGGAAUUUUACGGAACUGGAGAAACGGGUGUCAUCAAAAUAGAAGAUUUGUUUUAUUUCAAAAAGAAUAAACAGAAGUUCCAAAGACCUUUGAAACGCAAGGAUUACCUUGAUGCAUUUGAUCAAAUAGAAGAAGCCAUUGCAGAAGAUGGAGGAGAUGGAGAUGAAACACCAAAUGUUAAUGAUUCCACAUCAGAUAUGAGCAGUGUGUCAUUAAAUUCUUCAACCGUUUCCCUGAAUACUUCUGUGAAAGAGAAAAAAGGUGUUAAAAGAGAAAGAACAGCAUCUACAAAAUCUGAAGCUACUCCAGUUAAGAAAUCGUCACGAUUGACAAGAUCAGAAGAAGCUAAAUCUGAAGAUGUUGUGACCGAAGAGAAAGAACCAUCUGUUACCCCUGCUAAGAAAUCUCCAAAAUCCAGGGUAAAAAAAGAUAAGGAAAUUAAAGUUGAUGAAUCAUCAAAUGUUGAAACGAAUGAAUCAGUUCCUGAAGAACUCGACCAGAAACCCGAUAAUGGAAAUGAAGAAAAUGAGCCUGUGAAACAAGAAACUGGAAAAAAUGUCUUAGAAAAUUCUGCUCCAGUCGAUGUCAAAAUUGAAAUUGUUUCUGACCAACAUCUCAAAUACAACAUUAGCUAUGGUAAACAUGUUAAGGAAAUGAAGUCUAUUUAUAAAGAAAGAUCUGUCGAACCAAGAGAAGAUUACAUAAGGCAAGUCUUGCCUGUCCAACUUCCGUCGGGCAUAAUGGGGGGAAUAAAGCUCCACGCAGACUGGCCCCUAAAAUUCGACAACGAAUAUGAUAGGGCGGUCUACGAUGAGUCGGUAGCGCAAAAUGCCUUGGAGGCAAAAGUUAAAAUAUUAUCAGGCGACACCAGCUUAACCAGCGAUGCUGAGAAAUUCGUUUCCGAUAUCGGAUUAUCCGCAGAGGAAAUCAAACAGCAGAGCCUGGCGAAAGACGUGAAAUUGAGAACUGCCAGAGUGGCUCGCUUGAAACAGGAGGCCGAGUUAGUUAGUCUCGAUGGGAAAAUCAAAAACUGUCUCGGGCUAGACAAGGCCGAUCCUAAAGAAGCGAUAGGUUAUCUGGAAGAGAUGAACGCUAUUGAUUUCGAUGAUGUUAUGCUGAAAAAGCAUUUGCAUAUCGUCGAAAUGGUGAGGAGGUUGCGAAAGUACGUGGGGAACACUAAAGAAUGGAAAAUGACGGACGAUUCUUUGACGGAGUUUUCAAGCCAAGCAGAGAAAGUUAGAUCUAAGGCCGAGGAUGUUUAUGCAAAGUUCAAGAAAGUGGUGAAGUUGCCGGAAAAUUCCACAAGUUUCUUUGAAGGUUUCACAGAGUUGGUGAGUCAGUUUAGAGCCACAUGCAAGGAAAUGGAUAUGUCAGAAACUGAGAUUUUCGUUUUAUGUGCAGAACCAAGGUCUCGUCAAGCAUUUAUGGAUCGGCUUGAUGAAAAAGAAACUCAGGAAAUUUCUACUGAAGAAGAGGCACCCAUAAAUGGAGCAGAGGAAUUACCAGCAGGCAGGAGUUAAAUAUGGUAUAUGCUAUCAUAUAGUUUUAUAUAUUUGACAUUGUAUAUAAGGAAAUUCAAUAUAAGGUUAAGCCCUCUAUUUUUCCAUGAAGCUCAAAGGGCAUAUUCAAAGUUUGAUUUCAAAAAAGUCCUGGUAAUUUUUUAAUAAAGAUUACAAAUAUUAAA